GCUGGCAGGCGGGCCGCGGCGGCUGCGGGCGGCGGACGGACCGGCUCCUCCUCGUUGCUCCUUCCCUCGCUGCCGGCUUCCUUUUGUCUUUCUGGGGGGCGAUGAGCGCAGGGCCGGCGUGGCGGCUGCGGACGCACGGAGGCCCGCGCUCCUAGCCACCCUUUCUGGCCUUGGCGCGCUCGUCCCGGGCAGCGGCCCGCGCCCGCCUCAGCGCCGGCGGCGCCGAACUUGAGCUCGGGAAGCCGGCGGACCGCGUCCUGCGCCGGAGCAGGGCAUGGUCUAGCAGCCCGCACAAGGACGUGGAAGCAGCCCCCAGAGGUUCUGAUCCCUGCUCCAUCUGCCCCUCCACUCGGCCUUGGGUGUAGCCGCCGGCCGCCAUGGGCAAGCAGAACAGCAAGCUGCGCCCCGAGGUGCUGCAGGACCUGCGGGAGAACACGGAGUUCACGGACCACGAGCUGCAGGAGUGGUACAAGGGCUUCCUCAAGGACUGCCCCACCGGCCACCUGACCGUGGACGAGUUCAAGAAGAUCUACGCCAACUUCUUCCCCUACGGCGACGCCUCCAAGUUCGCCGAGCACGUCUUCCGCACCUUCGACACCAACGGCGACGGCACCAUCGACUUCCGGGAGUUCAUCAUCGCGCUGAGCGUGACCUCGCGGGGCAAGCUGGAGCAGAAGCUCAAGUGGGCCUUCAGCAUGUACGACCUGGACGGCAACGGCUACAUCAGCCGCAGCGAGAUGCUGGAGAUCGUGCAGGCUAUAUACAAAAUGGUGUCCUCUGUGAUGAAGAUGCCCGAGGACGAGUCCACUCCGGAGAAACGAACGGACAAGAUCUUCAGGCAGAUGGACACGAACAAUGAUGGCAAACUGUCCCUGGAAGAGUUCAUUAAAGGUGCCAAGAGCGACCCCUCCAUCGUGCGGUUGUUGCAGUGCGACCCCAGCAGCGCGAGUCAAUUCUGAGGGACCUGGCGUCUGGACAGCUGCGGAGAAACACAGGCUCGUCUCGCCGUCUCAGCUUUGCUUGCAGAAGUGGAUGCCUCCUCAGUCAUUCCCGCUCUCCCGGCCCGGGCCCGCGACACCUGCACCUGCCCGGCUGGCGCUGCGCCUCCCGCCUCCGCCUGGCCUCCCCUCGCCCCGUCCCCGGUCCCUUCCAGGGCGACUCCUGGGGAUGUGUUUACACGCAGGGCUCACAGCAUCCUCGCUUCCGGGGCACCUCCCCGUCCGCAGGGAGCCCAGAAGACACUGCUGAGGAUCCUGGUGGCACCUUCUAAGAUCGCGCCAAGGCCAGCUAAUUUAUUUCGUGAUGGCAGGUGACUGUGGGAAAGUUGAGGACAAGAACAGAGGGUGAGGAGACGGCAAGCCCUCCCCGUGCAUGGCUGCACCUAGCUCGUUCGUUUUCUCUGACCAAAGCCGCUUGCUCGUAUAUAUACUGUUGGUCCCCUUUCUUUUCACAUAUAAAUUAUACGUAUGGUGAAGUGAAUUGUAAUGUGUAGGUCCCAUAUUUAAUGCCUCGAUUGCCUUUGAAGCGUGGUUCCCUCGUGGCCUGUGACCCCUCCAAGCCUGGUUAUUUUGUGGUAUUUAUGCCCUUUCCACCUGCCUGUUUCUAAAGGAAAUGCAUGCGUGCCCAGCACCGUGGAGCCCCUUACAUCCACAUAGUGAAUGCAGGCAUCUGUGUAAGGUCUGUCCUUCCUGUUGAUUGGUCUGGCAUUUCCUGUUUUAAAAUGAUCAAAUAAACGGAAUUCCCUGAGUUUUGUAUUGGCCUGUGAGACCCCCCAUUCUGCUGCGCGUGGCCCUCAGUGCUCUCGGGUUAAGGGGGAUUCAGCGGGUCCAGCUGCUGUUUGUAAACUCAGCGCGUCCUGUAUCCCUGCAUCCGUCACUGUGUCUAUAAAUCUUGUGCAGACUGUUCUUCAAUAUCUGCCUAAUGCCAAGAAAUAUUCGUGGAAAUAAAAGAUGACUGCUCUUGG